AUGGGGAGCUUUGUUUUCAAGUGGGAUCAUCCUGCCAGCGAAGUCUACGUGACUGGCUCUUUCGACGACUGGAAGAAGACGGAGAAGCUAGAAAAGGUUGGCGACCAUUUCGAGAAGAACGUCUCCCUACCCGACGCUUCUCGCAAAAUCGAUUACAAGUUUGUUGUCGACGGUGAAUGGGUAGUUGACCACACUGCUCCUAAAGAAACGGACGCAAGCGGAAACGAGAACAACUUUCUGACCCCUGAGCGAAUCAUUUCUGAGGCUCCCGCUACAACCGCUAUAAUGAGUUCUGCUGCCCCAGAUUCCACCACAGCCGCCCUAGCUGCCUCUGCUCCCUUAGAAAAGGAGACUGAGGGAAAGAAGACUGCGGAUGUCGGGAAUUUACCUGGGACUUUUCCCGAGACACCUGCUGCUGAAUUCGGUGUCAACCCACUUCCCGCUGCCGCAGGCGCUGUGAACCCUAUCAAGCUUGCGCCCGGUGAGAAAGUGCCAGAAGGAUUGGCUGCUGAGAGUACUACCAGCAACGUCAAAUUAGAUCCUGAAUCGUAUGAAAAGAGCGACGCACUCCCAGGAGGUGUCCCCGUCAUUCUCUCUUCGGCUGCUCCAGAAUCCACCACUGCAGCUCUAGCAGCUGGGGUCCCCAUCGAAACCAAAGUGCCCGAGAUUGUUAAAGAAAGCCAAGAGAAAGCACAUGCCGACCCCGAGGCGAGCGCAGUGCCUGAAGAGGUUGAGGAGAAGGCAGCUGUUGAGAAGGAGCUUUUAGAAAAAGUGAAGGCGGCCCCGACAACCUCUGAGGGUACUGCAGGUCAAGGAACCGAAAAGACCGAGGAUGUCGUUACUCCGGGCGAGGCUGCGGCCUCUAUUGCUGCUGCCGUAUCUGUGGCUGCUGGUACCGCUGUUGCUGGUGCUGCCGUCGCUAAAGAUACUGCUGUGGAAAAGACACAGGACGCUCUUGCGGCGGCUCAGACUAGUGCUACUUCGGCCGCUGCGCAGCUUCCUGACUCGGUGAAGGAGAAGUUGCCCGAGUCUGUUCAGAACGCAAUUGGCACAACGCAGAAAGAAGAGGUUAGGGAAGAAGUUUCGCCUGAGGCACCUGCUGAAGUAAAGGCAUCUAUCACCGAGGCUGGCAAAUCUCCUGAGGCAGCCGCCAACACAGAGGCCGUCGAAGAGAAGAAGGCUGUCGAGGCCGAGCUAUUGAGCCAAAUUAAGGCUGUUGAUUCGUCUGCAAACGGCGAGCCUCGCGAAGAGAUUUCGUCCGAAGUUCCCGCUGCGGUUAAAGAGUCUAUUGACGAGUCUGGAAGAUCUCCUGAGGCCGCUACGAAUACGGAGGCUGUUGAUGAGAAGAAGGCCGUUGAGACAGAGUUACUAAAAGAGGUUAAGCCUACAGAGACGAUCGGUGAAUCAGCUAAGAAGGAGGAGGCCCCUGCGGCAACUGAGGCUCCAGCGAUGAAGGAGACUCCAGCUUUGGCGGUACCGGCAACGACGGAAGCGCCGGCUACAUCAGUGGCUGCUGCUACCACAGAGACCCCAGCUGUUGACACAUCUAAGCCAACGGAGCAGACGGCGGCAACGAACGGUUCUAAGGCCGCUGCUGAUCCAACAACACCCGCCAAGCCAGCUGAGCCCAGUAUUGCAUCGUCCAGCAAGGCUGGCGAUAGCCCGGCCACAGGAGAAAAGAAGAAGAAGAACCGACUUAGCGCCAUGUUCGGAAAGGUGAAGGCAAAGUUCUCCCACAAGGAUUAA